AUGAGAAAAAGAAACAGUAUUGUAUUUGGUAUGGUAGAGUGUGAAAAAGAAUAUGUUGAACAAUUAUCAACAUUGGUAUCAUGCUUUCUUCGUCCUCUUAAAAUGGCCGCCAGUUCAAAGAAGCCACUCAUUACCCAUGAGGAUGUGAAUUCUAUUUUCCUCAAUAGUGAAACAGUUUUUUUUCUUCAUCAAAUUUUCUACAAGGGUCUCAGUGCCAGGAUGGAACAAUGGCCCAAAUUGGUGCUUGGUGAUUUGUUUGAUAUGCUGCUACCAAUGUUGACUAUAUACAAUGAAUAUGUGCGGAACCAUCAUUAUAGCUUGCAAGUAUUGGCUGAAUGUAAACAGAAUGUGGCAUUUAGCAGUCUUUUGAAACAAUAUGAAAGUAAAUCUGUAUGUGAAUCCAGAUUAUUGGAAACAUUCCUCACAUACCCUAUGCAUCAGAUACCAAGGUAUAUAAUAACACUACAUGAACUGCUUGCACAUACACCACAUGACCAUGUUGAGCGGAAGAGUCUAGAUCAUGCUAAGAAUAAACUAGAAGAAUUAUCCAAAGUUAUGCAUGAUGAAGUUUCCGAAACCGAGAAUAUACGAAAGAAUCUUGCAAUAGAACGUAUGAUAGUUGAAGGAUGUGAUAUACUUUUGGAUGUUAACCAGACUUUUGUCAGACAAGGUUCUUUGAUUCAAGUUUAUGCAGAGAAGGGCAAGAAUCGGAGUCGUCUCGGUUCACUUAGUAGUUCAAAAUCAGAUCCACGAAAGGAAGGUGUUCGACAGUGUUAUUUGUUUACUCACCAUCUACUGAUAACCACUAGAGGUUCAAGCGGUAGACUACACCUCUCAAAGACUGGUGGUAAGAUAGCCUUGAUAGACACGAUGCUAGUGGAUGACUUUGAUCCAUUUGAUGAUGAUGAGGGGAGUGUUUGCAGUCACACCAGUCAAUCUGAAUACGACAACUUGGAAAUUAAACUCAUCGUGGAUGGGAAAAGUGGUCCACCACUACAUGUCAUCCUAAUAGCACCUACCCAACGAGACAAGAAUGUUUGGAUGGGUGAUAUUAGUCAGUGCAUAGACAAUCUGCAUUACAAUGGAUUACUGAAUGGUAGUUUACAUGGCAGUCAUUCGUCAAUACAUAUGCCGUUAUCUAUCAGGUAAUUGGCGUACAUGCAAUGUUUAUUAUCAUCUGACCCAAGGCUAUUCAAAGAUGAUGUCGAUAUUAGAUUUAGUCGUGCCCUAAAUUCCUGUAAAGUUCCACAGAUCCGCUAUGCUAGUGUAGAGAGACUUUUAGAGAGACUGACCGAUUUAAGAUUCCUUAGUAUUGACUUUCUCAAUACAUUCCUCCUGACCUAUCGUAUCUUCACUACGGGCAAUGUUGUUAUAGAUACACUCAGGAAAGUUUACAAGAAUCCAGAAGCCAUGGAAAGCCUAUACAAUUUAAGAGAUGAUAAUACAACAGGCAGUGCAAGUGGUGGCGAAGCUGAGAAGAAGAAAGACAAAUUAGAGGAGGAACCAUAUGAGGAAAUGUUGCAAGCAGCGAAGUCAUCUUUUAAACAGCCACCAAAGUCACAGGGUUCCACACCUACUCAUACGCCACCAUCCACACCAACACGUCUUGCCCCUCAUAAUAGUGUGUCUAUGUUAUCACCUAAAAGAUCCUUACCAAUCAGCCGUUCAGCUCCUAAUAUUGCAGUUUUAGUCAAAAGUAGAGGUAGCACUGGUGGCAACUCUGAUAGCACUAUGUCACCAAGGAACAGCAUUGCUAUGAGUGAAACUCCACCUCCAACAUCAACAGUUAGUGCUGGUGUUGUAGUGACAUCAUCUCGUCAAUCAAAGCGACGCUCUAGUACUUCAGCAGCAGCCACUGCUUUUGCAGUAGCUACAGCUGGAUCCUGCAAUCCUAGAGAUAUUAACUAUAGAAAGACUUCGAGACAUUCCACUACAGGUCCAGCAGAUAUCAUAUUGAGACGCAAAGAAUCUGUUAUCAGUACAGCAGCGACCAUGAGAGUUAUUAAUGUUAUGAGGCAUUGGGUUUCUAAGUAUCCACAGGACUUCAACAAUGAUGCUGACUUGAAAGAUAUGGUGCUAGAGUUUUUAGAGGAGAUUGUCAAUAAUAGUAAUUUACUUGCCAGUGAGCAUAAAGCAGCCACGACUGUUUUCAGAACAUUAAAUCAAGAGUUAUCAGAAGCGGACAGUAAAAAAUUAAACCUGGAUGAGUUGUUACUUGGCUACACAUGGAGUGAUGAUGCAUUUGAUUGUCUAGCAGCAUUAGAUUUAGCUGAACAGUUAACAUACAUAGAUCAUAAACUCUUUACUGCUAUUCCAUAUGAAGAGUUUUUAAAUCAAUCUUGGAUGAAGUCAGAUAAGGCUGUGAGGGCACCAUACAUAAUGGCUGUUACAAAGCGAUUCAAUGAGGUCAGCAAGCUGGUGGCAUCUGAGAUUAUUCAGCAGAACACACCACAAGCUAGAGCCAGUGCAAUAGAGAAAUGGGCGGCAGUGGCUGAUAUCUGUAGAUGCAUGCAUAACUACAAUGGCGUUCUGGAGAUCACUUCAGCUUUAAUGAAUAGUGCCGUCUACAGAUUGAAAAAAGCCUGGGACAAAGUGUCUAAACAGACCAGAGCAAUGCUUGAUAAACUUCAAAAUGUGGUUUCAUCAGAGGGAAGAUUUAAGAAUAUGAGAGAAGCAUUACAUCGAAUUGAUCCACCAUGCAUUCCAUACCUGGGGUUUUAUUUGACAGAUUUAGCGUUUAUUGAAGAUGGUACUCCCAACAUUACAGAGGAAGGAUUGGUGAAUUUCUCAAAAAUGAGAAUGGUCGCUCACGUCCUUAGAGAAAUUCGUCAUUUUCAGCAGACACAUUAUAGGAUAGAUCCAGACAAAAGGGUAAUAUAUGGGUUGUUUGUUUUACUCGGCUGGUUUCCGUGGGUAACAGUGUGA